AUAUUUUGUGAAUGGCAUGAGGCUAUCUUUGUACUUAAUCCUAACUCCUCUGAUCAUAGAUGUCGUAAAUUGUGGAUACUCUUUUGAUCCUUAUGAAAGAAUAGGAGUAUCCCAUGAUGCCUCCUUGAGGGAGAUUAAGAAAGCAUAUAGAAAAAAAGCAAUUGAAUUCCAUCCAGAUAAAAAUAAGGAUUCCAAGUCACAAAAUAGCAUGCUUCAAUUGAAUGAGGCAUAUCAAAUACUCUCAAAUGAAAAUGAAAGAAGACUAUAUGAUGAAAAGUACUUGUUAAAGGACAGGAAGAUUAUUUUUUCAGAUUCUUCACAAGCCUCAUACUUACAUUCAAUGUUUAAAAAUUUUGAUUAUUACUAUGAUUUUCCCACAAACGGAUUUUAUGAGAGUAUUAAAAUAAAUCAAAAUUAUUUUGAGAACAAAAUUUUACAGAAAAGUCAUAAUUUACCCAUUAUUAUUAUUGUAUACAGUAAAACAUGCAUAAUAUGUUACAAUUAUGAAAGUCAAUUAGAACAAUUGUCAUAUGUUUUGGAAAACACUGGCAUACACGUAUAUACUGUUGAUAAUAAUUAUAAGAACUUUGAGCUUGUCAAAAAAUUGAAUGUAGGACGUGUUGGUCCAUCAUUUGUAGGUAUUACUAAUGGGAAAAUCAAAGUGUUCAAUUUCGGAAACUAUGACACCUUCGAGGAAUCAGAAAUAUCUUCUAACAAUUACAAAUAUUCAGAUCUGUUUCGACUAUUUGGCAAAAAGGAUGAAGGCAAUCUCGAUAAGGGUACUCUGUAUAGAAAUGAAAUGCUCAGAAAAUUGCUUUCUCCUGAAUCAUUCGGAGACAGCGAUUACCGUCGAUCUAAUAAAUUAACCAUUGUCACUAAAACACUUUUGGCUCUAAUUAGAUUCGUAGGUAAUAAUUUGUUCUUAUCGGAAAUGAGCGGAUAUUCAGGUUCAGUUGACUCAGUCGAUAAUCUCGCUUACAGGGAAUUGCAUUAUGUCUAUAAUUUUGAAAAAAAUUAUACCAAUUCCGAUUCAUUCCUGCAUUACGGACCAUUUUUGAAGGACAACAAAAUACGAAUAUUGAUUGUGUCACCACAAUACUAUAAAAUCGGUUCCUCUGGAUCUCUCAAACGGGUCAAUUUUGUCAAAGAAACUCCCGAUCCUAAUAAGAAUGGUGACAAUGACGAUUACCACUCAAAAUCUCAAACGCUUUUAGUGCUGAACCGGGCCCGGACUUUGAAAUAUUUGGCGCUAGCUUACAGGCUCCAGCAUUGGGCGCGUAUAAUUUUUAUCAACGUGUACUACCCUGCCAAUGACUUCACCGGUCCGGUGCUCGAAAAAGGGAGUGGCGGGUUAUUGAGUUCGCUCUUCGAACAAUACGGUAUAGGUUGCUUGCUCGGGGAUCCAAGGUUUAAAUCUAAAACCGAGGAGAUAUUCGUUACUCUGAACGAGCUUUCCCAGCUUUUACGACUCAGUGAAGCGGCUGAUCGGGUUUGCAGUGAGAACCUUUAUUACAAAAAUUUUGCGAAGGGAUUUGAUCCUUUCUUCGCCUCGCAUAGGAACCUCUAUUUGCUAUCGUAUUCCUCGUGGGAUUCCAAGGAGAAGAACUCUAAUUACGUUGAUUUCGUCUUGAGAAACGUGUUCAAAAUCAGUUAUCCUCGUGGGUCAAUACCCUUUAAAAUGGCUCCAAAAGUCAGAGAUAUUGUAAGCCUUCGGAAUCAGCAUUCCUUGCUGCAGGGUUUACCCAGGAUAACUGACGAACUGAUGUUCGCCGCUGCAUGCCCUUCGGUUAAAUAUCACGAACUUCCAAAGACUCAGCAUCAGCAAGGAAUACCUACUCGUCUCCAUACUCGUGCCAAAAUGUGCUCUUUGCUGCUGAUCGACGAUCAGGAUUUCAACAAACUUGUUCUUCUUCACUCUAAUCCAGGCAAGAUUAAUUUAAACAAUUCCGGUCCGUCGUACGCCCUGCUAAGCACCAUGGACACACUCUCCAAUUUAAAUAGCCAUUCAGUUAAAGAAAAAUUGAAUUACUCGAUAGCCUACCUAUCCCUGCAGAGGCAGGCCAAAUUUCUUGAUUCCCUGUUGAAUUCCAUAAUGACAGAUCAGAAAAGACAAUAUUUUAUGACCUUCUUAGCUAACAAACUCAAAUAUGCUCAUAUUAAAACUUCUUUCGAUUCCGAUUCUGAGCCAAACAAAGAGCCCUCUAACCAUAAUAAUAACAAAGUUGUAUUCAUGCCUAUCCUUUCCCUCGUUCAACUCCCCUUAGGGGAAACCAGGUACAGAUUAGAUUUGAUACCAAUCCGCCACCCGUCUCUUCCGUCACUCCGCAAGGAUUACGCCAGGGAUCCAACCGUUGAACCCUUUUCCGGUUACGAUAUGCUCUUCGAAAACACGGCCUUCCCGGAUGCCAGAGCAUUCAAUUACCUCAAAAAUGCUAUGCAAACCCAAUGGAAAUCCUUCACUAACACUCCAACCCCUCCCAGUUCGUCGGAGAAGAGGGACCACCAUUUUUCCUCGUGGUAUCACGAUUUCUACCUUUUUUUUGCUUCCCUCUUGCGUCCCGAGUUAUUCGGCGGCAGAAUUUAUCGGGAACUCUACUCCGGUAAACAUUCGCGUCAGCUCCCCGUAGUCGAUCGAAAUUCGGAGGAUCUCGAAUCCGAAGAAGCGGAGGAAAGCGAGGACGGAAACGAUAACAAUUUCCUUUACAGGUAUUUCAUGAAGGCUCGUACCACCGCCGCGGAUUCCGCCGAGGAUGAUACAUUAGAAAUCGAUCUAGCCGCUCUGUUUCCCGGUCUGAGCCUAUCUACCUCCCGCCUCCAGGAUUACGUAGUGGACGAAUUCAAGCCUCACCUCGUAACGCGGGCUUACAAAAAGGCUAAAGCGUUCGUCUCCAAAUCCACGCAUCGCUUGAUGAACAAAAUCCACGGGGUCAGCGGUCGUCACAAUAGCGAAAAGAAUUUCGGGAAAGACGACGCCCUGACGGUUCUUUCGGUCAUUUUUAGCUUCGUGUUCGUGCUGGGUGGCGGGUAUUUCAUGGCUUAUUUAGUUAAAUUGGAGGAAGACAAGAUAGCGGAAGAGAACAGGAAUAAUCCCGUCAAACUACCCAAUAGAAUAAUAAAUCAGGACAUGAUAUUCCACGAGCUUAAACCGGGAACCUACAAUGCUCUUGUCAGACUACUCAAACCCGGUUGCAGAACGAUCCUCAUAUUCUUGGAUGAACCAACCAAAGACAAAUUACUCGACAAAUUCUCUCACAUCCUGCAUCCUUAUAGAAAGAACGUAAGUCUGAUGUUUGGGUUCGUUAUGAUUAGCAAAUACAUAUCUUGGUACAGACGGUUACUGUUACAAGUCAUAGGUAACAACAGGAAGUUGGUCAUAAACCCAAAAAAUUGUGUCGGAACGGUGCUCGUUGUCAAUGGCUACCGAAAAUAUUACUGUAUCUACCAUGCGCGUCAUUACGAGGCGUCUAUCCCUUCUUCCAACGCAAUAUGGCGACCCCCGUGUCACCCGGCAGAUUUGGCAGACGAUGAUAACGAGGAUUUGGAUGCUAUCCUAAAUACCAGAAGCAAAGUAAUCAAGGUCAAGAUUGGCCAAAGUAAUUUGCUGGACCAAAAUGAUGAUCAGGAAACCCAUGAGAGUAAUAACGGUGCGGUAAGGAGGAGCCACGAAGCUGCUGAUAAUUGCUUAAGCAAACAGAUUAACAAGAUUCAUUUGACUCCGCCCCCUUCUUAUUCCUCCCUUCACAUCAACGACGCCAACCACUGCCCGGAUUCUACGACCAAUCGUAACGACGGGACGAACGAGGAAAGCGCUGAUUGGGUGAAAGAGACCGCCAAUCGGAACGGGGGUGAUGAGGAAAGUCUUCAAUCUCGAACGAUUGCCAAAGAACCGCUUGUCAAAGUGACCAAGAAGCACCGAUCACACUCUCGUCAACGAUCUCAACACGAUUCCGGCAAAGUGGCAGAAUCUCAACGCCAUCAUCAUAAUUCUCAUUUCACUUCCGCUAUGGUGGAAGAAUUGCUGAGAGGCUUUCCCGAUUGGCUAGACAAAUUGUUCGAAGGAAACGUUCAGAGGUACUACAUCGACUACUGGCCCCCUCUCAAGAUAUGAAGAAUAAUAAUAAUAAUAAAAAUUUAUAUUUGCCAACAUUUUAUUUUGUCCAAUUUCCGGGAAAUUUUUUUUAUUAUUUUUAUACAUCCGGUCACGUGUUCCUCUAAACUUGACAUCCCCUAAAAACUUUAAAAUCAGAUGGGUGAUCAACAAGUGACGCAACGCGUCUUACAAGUUUACGUGAUCUAAGUAUUAGAAAUUUAUCCACAUUUUAUUUUUAUACGUACUCGUCUCUUAAAACAAAUGAAACAUUAUUGCAUUUUUCUUAUUAAAAAAAUUAAAUAAAUAUAAUAGUCAAUUAUUAUCGCGAAUCCAAAUUGCUACGAAAAAAAAAGAUAAAAAAAAUAGUGCAAUUUUUUGGCACAAAAUGCAAAAAUUUAUAUAUUCUUUAUUUUUUGUUUUUUUUUUCACUUCCUAAAUUUAUGCAUUUACUCUCUUUCUUUUAUUUUUUGUAUGAAUUAGUCAACCCCGUUUUGAUUUGCCCCAUACCACCCCCAAAAUUAAUCCGAAUCUCGCCUUCCACCACAUCUCUACUGAAUUAUCGUUUUAUUAUAACAAAUUUUAUACUAGUCUCCUAAAAAUUAAUAUUGUUUUAUUAUAUAAAUUUUAAUAAUAAGAAAUCACAUCUAUUUCACUUUAUUUUUUUAGUGUUGUUUAAACGGCUCUUUUUGAGGCGAUUAAAAAAUAUUGCUUAAGCCUAGAUAUUUCAAUGUAUGCCUAAAGACCCUUGUUCCUUCUAUGAGCAUAAUUUAUUUUUUGGAAGAUAUUGAGUUAGCCUUUUUUAAACAUCGGCUCAAAACGAACCUUUUCACAACACUACUUUAUUUUAUAAAAUUUUGAUAUUAAAUUUUGU